CCCUGGCUCCUCCCCUCUGCGCAUGCGCCGUGGCUGGCCCCGCGGCACUGCGCAUGCGCAGUGCCUCCGUGCCGGCCGGCGGGGGAGAAUCGGGCUCCACGGGCGGCUCUUACCGGACGUGACGUCACGGCUUCCGGCCCGGAGGCGACCCCCGCCCCUUUCCUCCUCUGUCUCCCCAACAGCCGGGGGCGCGGCGGGCCCGGGCCUCGGUGUGGCAGCAAUGGAUUCCCAGGAGAUCAAAGAGCUGCAGCAAGAAGUGAUGGAGGCACUGGGAAUCUCCAUGGAGGAGCUCCAGGAUAUCAUCGACAAAGAGCUGGAGAAGUUUGAGUGUGUGAAGCAGAGGAAGCAGCAACUGGAGGAGCUGGAAAAGUGUGUGAAACAGAAGGAAGAAGAGGUGGCUCGUGUUGACCGGCUCUUUGAUGACGCUUCGAGAGCCAUUGAUAAAUGUGAGAUACUGGUGAAGGAUCUGUACUCCAAGCUGGGCCUCCAGUACCGUGAGAGCAGCUCUGAGGACGAGGACUUGGCUGCCCAGCCCAUGGAAGUGAUUGAGAUCCCAGAUGAGGAUGACGAUGAUGUCAUGAGUAUCGAUUCCGGCUGGAAGCACAGUGGUAGAAUCACAAAGGACCAGACUCUGCUGCGGGAAGCCAUGGCUGCAAUGAGAAAGUCUGCCCAGGAUGUUCAGAAAUUUAUGGAUGCUGUGAACAAGAAAACAAAUGCCCAGGACGUGCAAAAAGAUGCACAGACCCCUCAGGAAACCCCUGGCGCCCUCCAGCCCAUUGGCCCCACGGCGUCUGGGAGCGAUCUCAGCAACGACGGUGAUCUGAAAGUUGGCAUGAGGAUCCUGGGCAAGAAGAGAACCAAAACGUGGCACAAAGGAACUCUGAUCGCGAUCCGGACGGUCGGUGCUGGAAAGAAGUACAAAGUGAAAUUUGAUAAUAAAGGGAAGAGCCUGCUUUCUGGCAAUCACAUCGCUUAUGACUAUCACCCCUCACCUGAGAACCACUACGUUGGCAGCAGGGUUGUGGCAAAAUACAAAGAUCGGAAUCAGGUUUGGCUGUACGCUGGCAUCGUGGCUGAAACCCCAAACGUAAAGAAUAAAGACAGGUAUGCAUUCUCCUCCACAGUCACGUACCCCGUUCCCUCUCUGCUUCAUUGGGAAGACAUCGAGGACAUUUCCUGUCGCGAUUUCAUUGAGGAGUACAUCACGGCCUACCCCAACCGCCCCAUGGUGCUGCUGAAGAACGGCCAACUGAUCAAAACGGAGUGGGAAGGGACCUGGUGGAAAUCCAGAGUGGAAGAAGUGGAUGGCAGUCUGGUCAAAAUCCUUUUCCUGGAUGACAAACGCUGUGAGUGGAUUUACCGGGGUUCCACGCGCCUCGAGCCCAUGUUCAGCAUGAAAACUUCCACAGCCUCCACCCAAGAAAAGAAGCAAAGUGGGCAAGCAAGGACUCGUCCCAACGUCGGUGCUGUCAGGAGCAAAGGGCCUGUAGUUCAAUACACGCAGGAUUUAGCGGGAGCUGGUACCCAGUACAAGCCUUUAGAGCAAAUGCAGGCGGCCUCGCUGGCUGCACGGUCCGUUUCUCCGCAGCCUGCUGAGAUGGAGUGCUCCGACAGUCAGCUGGCCCAGUCGAGAAAGCAAGUGGCCAAGAAAAGCACAUCCUUCCGUCCUGGCUCCGUGGGCUCCGGGCAGUCGUCGCCUUCUUCGCCUGUCCUAAGUGAUACACCUCCAGCGGGAAGGACCGGCGCCUCCCAGCAGCAUCGGCUCUCCAGCAGCCAGGCAGGCAGCGGCACGGCGCAGGCCUUCCAUGGCAUGAUGGACCGCGUGCCCAACGAGCCCUCUUACCGAGCCCCGCUGGAGAAGCUCUUCUACCUGCCGCACGUCUGCAGCUACGCCUGCCUGUCCCGCGUCCGUCCCAUCCGCAGCGACCAGUACCGCAGCAAGAACCCCCUGCUCAUCCCACUGCUCUACGACUUCCGACGGAUGACAGCCCGCCGACGGGUGAACCGCAAGAUGGGCUUCCACGUCCUCUACAAGACGCCGUGUGGGCUGUGCCUGCGAACCAUGCAGGAGAUCGAACGCUACCUUUUUGAGACAGACUGUGACUUCCUUUUCCUAGAGAUGUUCUGCCUGGACCCGUACGUCCUGGUAGAUCGCAAGUUCCAGCCCUACAAACCCUACUACUACAUCGCAGACAUUACCAAGGGCAAGGAGGAUGUGCCGCUGUCCUGUGUCAACGAGAUCGAUAACACUCCACCUCCGCAGGUGGCCUACAGCAAAGAGCGCAUCCCUGGCAAAGGGGUUUACAUCAACACCAGCUGGGAGUUCCUCGUGGGCUGUGACUGCAAAGACGGGUGCAGAGACAAGUCGAAAUGUGCCUGUCACCAGCUGACAGUCCAGGCCACUGGCUGCACCCCAGGUGGGCAGAUCAACCCCAACUCAGGAUACCAGCACAAAAGGCUGGAAGAAUGCCUCCCGACAGGAGUUUACGAGUGCAACAAGAGGUGCAAGUGCAACAUUAACAUGUGCACCAACCGCUUGGUCCAACACGGGCUCCAAGUCCGGCUGCAGUUAUUCAAGACGCAGAACAAAGGCUGGGGCAUUCGCUGCCUUGAUGAUAUUGCUAAAGGCUCUUUCGUCUGCAUCUACGCAGGAAAAAUCCUCACGGAUGACUUCGCCGACAAAGAGGGGUUAGAGAUGGGUGACGAGUAUUUUGCAAACCUGGAUCACAUUGAGAGCGUGGAGAACUUCAAGGAGGGCUACGAGAGCGACGCAAAAUGCUCUUCUGACAGCAGCGGGGUGGACCUCAAGGACGAAGAGGAGGAAAACACAGGCACUGAUGAGCAGGAGGAGUCCAACGAGGACAGCUCUGAUGACAACUUCUGCAAGGACGAGGACUUCAGCACCAGCUCGGUAUGGCGCAGCUAUGCCACGCGACGGCAGACCCGGGGCCAGAAGGAGAACGGGAUGUCGGAGACAGCCUCCAAGGACUCGGGGCUCACCCGGCAAAUCAGCCACGAUGAGAUGGCGGUGGCUGCCUCCUGUAAGCUGCCGGUGUCGGAGGAGACCUCCAAGAACAAAGUGGCCUCAUGGCUGAGCUCCAACAGCAUGUCUGAUGGCUUCCAGGACAACGACAGCGCCUCCUCCUUCAAGAUGAGCGAAGGCGGCGAAGCCAAGGCCAGCAAAACGGAGGUCCCCGGUGAGAGAGAGAAAGCUUCCACUUCUGCCCUGGGUGAUGUGGACGGAGAGUCAAAGGCAGUGAAGAAAGACGAACCUGAAGAACCAUCCAAAAUUCCCGGGCUAAGCGACCUGGGAAGGAUGUAUGGCUACAACCCAAGCCCUCCCAAGCUGGAGGGGGUCCGGAGGCCGACGAGCAAGACGGCCCUGCUCCAGAGCAGGCGGCAUUCCCUCGUGCAGCCCGCCACGGAGGACGUGCUGACCCUGUCGAGCAGCACGGACAGCGACGGGGAGAACGGGCAGGCGGUGACGGGGCAGGCCCAGGGCGCCGCCAACGACAGCGACGACGUCCAGACCAUUUCCUCGGGCUCCGAGGAGGAGGAAGGGGACGACAAGAAAAAUCCCUCGUCUGGGUCAGGUCCUGUGAAGAGGCAGGUGGCAGUGAAAUCCACCCGAGGCUUUGCCCUGAAAUCAACUCACGGGAUCGCCAUCAAGUCAACCAACAUGGCAGCGGCCGACAAGGGGGAGAGCGCGCCCGUCCGCAGAACCACCCGCCAGUUCUACGACGGAGAGGAGUCCUGUUAUAUCAUCGAUGCCAAGCUGGAAGGGAACCUGGGCCGGUACCUCAACCAUAGCUGCAGUCCUAACCUCUUCGUGCAGAACGUCUUUGUGGACACGCACGACCUCCGCUUCCCCUGGGUCGCCUUCUUCGCCAGCAAGAGGAUACGAGCCGGCACAGAGCUGACGUGGGAUUAUAACUACGAAGUGGGCAGCGUGGAGGGCAAAGAGCUGCUGUGCUGCUGCGGGGCUAUCGAGUGCCGAGGGCGGCUGCUGUGAGCCCGCCCGGGCGCCCACCGGACCCCUCCUGACCGCUGGCCUGGUGCUGACUUUCCCUUUGUGAGGGUAAAGUUUCUUCUCAAGAGGUGGCUGUUCAAUAGUAACCGUUACGAAGCCGAGUACGGCGGCUUCGAGUUCUCCCGUUCACUUGAAAAAUUACAGCGGCAGAUGGACACGGACUAGAAUUGUAACCUGGCACGCGAGUGCCGGCGGAGCCCAAACCUGGCGCUGUGAGCUUUGCUUCUGCCACGUCCCGGGGGCUGCAGUCGCCCCGUCGGAGGACGAUCUCUCCCUCGGCGCCGCAGGGAAGGCCGUUACCUGCCCGAGCUGUUGACAGGCACCUGAUCCUGCUCUCUUCCAGCUCUCCACCAAAUUUAAGCCACGAAUCCCUGGGCAGCUGCAGCUGGCGCAGGCGGUGCUGCCGGUUUCCCAGCAGAACACCUCACCAAGCCCCCAGGGAAGUGCUUCGCGGCUGGGACGGAGCCGCUGAGGGCCCCGCAGCCCUGGGACUGGAGCGGGAGGGAGGGAGAGAGGUGGAGAUGGGCCCGGUAAGAGCGGACCAAUCCGGAUUUAUAGCAGUGACGUGAAUUUAAGUGUGGGGGAAGGAAAGAAAAAGCAUCUGUAUUUGACUGUGAUAUGUUGUAAAGAAUCUUUUCAUUGUUAAAAAGCAAUAAAGUAUGUUUUUUUUCUAUUAAAAAAUUUGCCCUGAACUUUAGACGCA